GCGCCCGGCUCCGGCAGAAGCGAGCAGCGCCGUAGAGCCCCGCAGCAGCGCGCCCGGCCGCCUGGAGACCCGCGAUGGAGAUGGCAGAGGCGGAAUUGCACAAGGAAAGGCUGCAAGCCAUAGCAGAAAAAAGAAAGAGGCAGACGGAAAUAGAAGGCAAGCGCCAAGAGCUGGACGAGCAGAUACUUCUGCUGCAGCAUUCCAAGUCCAAAGUGCUUCGGGAAAAAUGGCUGCUGCAGGGUGUACCUGCUGGAACUGCGGAAGAGGAGGAAGCCAGGCGGCGGCAGUCUGAGGAGGAUGAGUUAAGAGUCAAACAACUUGAAGGUAACAUUCAGAGGCUGGAACAGGAAAUACAAGCACUGGAAAGUGAAGAGUCCCAGAUAUCUGCCAAAGAGCAAAUCAUCCUAGAGAAACUAAAGGAGACAGAAAAAUCCUUCAAGGACUUUCAGAAGAGCUUCUCCAGUACGGAUGGAGCUGUGUACGCCAUGGAAAUUAAUGUGGAGAAAGACAAACAAACAGGAGAGACCAAGAUUCUCUCUACAUCCACCAUUGGCCCAGAGGGGGUCCAUCAGAGAGGAGUCAAAGUCUUUGAUGAUGGUACCAAAGUAGUGUAUGAGGUGCACUCAGGAGGCACCAUAGUAGAAAACGGAGUGCACAGAUUAAGCUCAAAGGAUGUAAAAGAGCUUGUUCAGAAGGCUGGACAAUCAAGCUUAAGAGGAGGGUACGUGUCAGAAAGGACUGUGGUUGCAGAUGGGAGCCUCAGCCACCCUAAGGAACAUAUGCUCUGCAAAGAAGCCAAGUUAGAAAUGGUCCAUAAGUCUAGGAAAGAUCAUACUUCUGGGAACCCAGGGCAGCAGGCUCCAGCCCCCAGCACUGAAGGGCCGGAGGCAACCUUGGAUCAGCCAGUCACCAUGAUUUUCAUGGGCUACCAAAAUAUCGAGGAUGAAGAAGAGACAAAGAAGGUGCUAGGCUAUGAUGAAACCAUCAAGGCUGAGUUGGUCCUCAUUGAUGAAGACGAUGAGAAGUCAUUGAGGGAGAAGACAGUGACAGAUGUGUCCACUAUUGAUGGGAACGCAGCUGAGCUGGUGUCCGGGAGACCCGUCUCAGACACCACAGAGCCCUCAUCCCCCGAAGGGAAGGAAGAAAGCCUGGCCACGGAGCCAGCCCCAGGUACCCAAAAGAAAAAGCGCUGUCAAUGCUGUGUUGUCAUGUGACCACUUCUUUCUUCCCUUUUCUUCUGGGCAGCCUUUGUGCUCUCCACCACUUACGUAGACCUCCCUGUACCACUAACUGCGAUACUGUGAACUGGAAGCAAACACCUGCCUUGCCUUGCAGUUGGAUUGCUUUGAUCCCUCUUAUUUUUUUUUCCCUUACGUUUUUUUCCCUCCAGUUUCCUCAGCUCAGAGACAACAUGCAUGUGUGUGCUUCACUCUUUCCAAGAACUUGCUUUUCCUCUAAACCUUUCCUUGUGUCUUCAAGAGGGAAUCGGUUCCUUACUGCUCGAUUGGAAUGGACUCUUCCUAGCAGCCAGUGAUCUAGUAGCCUUAAUUCACUUGACUGGAAUUGAAUCCAUGGGCAUCGGGGGUUUCAUUUUGUCGUGUGUUCCUAUCAUGUAGUCACACAUCACCACGUCACUGAUUUCUCACUUGCCUCCCUCGCUGUGGAUCUUUGGCUUUUAUAUCUCAUGUGGCAAAAUGCUAUGGGCUCUAGCCAGUUGCUAGUGUAGCCAAAAGUAGACCUUACUUAGUCUGUCCAAUCUAGGGUGAUGGUGAUGCUUUCUGCUGCCUUAUAUAAGCUUCCAGGUUACAGUAUUGUGCAUCUCUGGCUUUCUGUUAAAACAAAUGAAAUUGAUGUAAAAGAAAAGAACCCAGUGCUUGUCAUAACUGAAUUGUAGGGACUGAUUCCAUAACCUGCCCAUCAGCAGCUGUCUCUCUUUCUAUGACUUAACUGAUGAACCCUUUAUAUAAGAAGCACCAUUUUUAACUUUCUAAGGACAUGAAACAAGCAUUGUUUUGAGCAUUAGCAGUGAUCUCCAAAGUUAGGCAAACCCAUGAGCCUUGCUUCUAUUCUCUAAAAAAAAAAGAGUGUAAAUUUUUAUAUUGUUUUCCUUUUCACGGAUAUUUUCUGAUCAUGUUCAUCUGUUUUCAACGAAGGGGUCAUUUUGAGGAGUUUCUCUAUAGUGACCAUAUUUCUAAAACAGUCCUUCUGACCUACGGUGGUUGCCGUGAUGCUUCCGCUCCAUUGUGGACGGUGCUGUUCCUGAAUUAACUCUUCAUCUCACCCGCCCCAUUGAUUCCAGAGCCUUCCAUCUGGACUCUUUUCUUUGUGUCCCCAUGAGAAAGAGAGUAUUUCACGUACCAUCACCAUGUAGGUUUACCCACCCCACAGAAUUAAACUUUAAAAUGUAAAAAAUGUUUAAAAGAUGAAGAAAGACCUAUCUUCUCACCUUAACUAUUUUAAUUCGUUCCACAAAUACUGAUUAAGUGAAUGGCACAUAGCUGAGCUUCUUCAAGCAUUGUUUCUUCAACUUCUGAAGAUUCCAGAACAUCAAAGGAUGGUUUUUAUCUAGGACACAAUGAACAAUUCUUUAAAUUCUUAGCAUUCCCCCAAAGCAAAGAGCCACAGGUAUAAUAAAACCAAA